GAAUUUUUUGAUGUUAAUGCAAUUUAUGAUAUAUUCCCCUUAUCAUCAACAAGCAUCACAAUAGGAAGAACACUGUGUACAGAUGAGGCAAUUACUCAGGCUGUAUGUGUUACGGCAUUGUUUAUGCUCGGCGGUUCCGAUCCAACACAACUUAAUACUACAAUUUUACCAAAAUUUUUUUCGUAUUUUCCGGCCGGAUUAUCCGUGCAAACAUUAUCUCAUUAUUCUCAAAAUAUUAUGACAGAGAAAUUUCAAGCGUAUGAUUAUGGAUAUUUGGGCAAUUACAAACAAUAUGGACAGAUGACACCUAUUAUGUAUGAUUUUAAAAAAGUUACCGUUCCCUUGGCUUUAUUUUACGGCGCUCAUGAUUUUCUUGCUCCAAAAUUGAAUGUUCUCGAGACAUAUAAACACUUGCCAAAUGUUAUUCUGUUGGAGGAAAUUACACAUAAAUUAUUUACGCAUUUCGAUUUUGUAAUAGCCAUAGAUGUUAAAACUCUAUUGUAUGAUCGUGUAAUAGAACUACUUCAAAGGUUUCGUAAUCGGACAUGAACAAUCAAUGGUUACACUAAUUUAUAUCUAUUAGGACUAUUGUACUUAGGACUUUGUACCUAAGACUAUAUGUCUGAUACUUUGUUGUUAAAAACAUUUAUCUACUUUUGGUACAUAAAAAAACCCAUAUCUCU